AUGAUGAUUUGGUGUUUGGGUAUGUCGCUGACGAUUCUCACCCCACCAUCGUCUGGCGAGGAAUCGUUCAAUGAGGAAAUUGCCAAUGAGGCGGAGGUUCGCCGACGCGAGGAGAUCAUGGUGAAAAAGUUGUAUUUGAUGGCCGGCGGAACGCCCGUCAUUUUCUCGCCGAGAAUCGUUGGAAGUGUUCUCAAAACGAAUUGGAAGCGGCGUGGCUGGAUUUUGGUCAUUUCGAUUAGGCAGGAUAUCUUUUGA